CUGUUUACCCACUUCCUCCAAAAGGCGUGUGUGACCUGUUGCUGGAAGGGGAGAUACAAAGGCUCCCAGUGGCCGCCCGGGCCGCCCCCGGGCCCGCCUCCCCGCCGAGCCGUCCCGGCGCGCCCAGCCCCCGCCCCGUUUCAUGCAAAACCAGGGGAAGAGACUUGUCCUCAGUGGCGGAGCCGCCGCGCGCUGAUUGGCCGGAGCGAACGCAUUUAUUGCCUGACAAGCCCCCAUCACAUGGAUGGUUGUCUAUUAACUUGUUCAAAAAAGUAUCAGGAGUUGUCAAGGCAGAGAGAGAGAGUGUGUGUGUUUGCAAAAGGGGGUAAAGUAGUUUGCUGGCUCUUUAAGACCGAGGUGGAGAGAGAGAGAGAGCGAGCGAGAGAGAGAGAGAGAGCGGCAGGCAGAGAAAAGGCAAAAAGGAGGAAGAAGUUUUUUAAAAUCAAGACUCCGGCGGUAAUAAUAGCAGUUAUUAGCAUUAUUAAUCCAUCAGCGAAGAAGAAGAUCCUGAUCUUGAUCCAAGUGUGGUUUUGGGGAGUCCCCCUCCCCCAUUUCCUACCCCUCCCUAGGAAAAAAAAAAAAAAGUCCGGCUUGGGACUCCGCUGCGGCUGCUCCUCGUUUCUCUGCUCAAGGCUGGUUCCAGCAAAAGUAGUUUGAAUGUACAACAUGAUGGAAACCGAGCUGAAACCUCCCGCCCCUCAGCAAACUUCGGGGGGAGGCACAGGCAACUCUAACUCGGCCGCCAACAACCAGAAGAACAGCCCGGACCGGGUCAAGCGCCCGAUGAACGCGUUCAUGGUGUGGUCCCGCGGGCAGCGGCGGAAAAUGGCCCAGGAGAACCCGAAGAUGCACAACUCCGAGAUCAGCAAGCGGCUCGGGGCGGAGUGGAAACUUUUAUCCGAGGCGGAAAAGAGACCCUUCAUUGACGAAGCCAAGCGGCUCAGAGCUCUGCACAUGAAGGAGCACCCGGAUUAUAAAUACCGACCCCGGAGGAAAACCAAGACCCUCAUGAAGAAGGAUAAGUACACGUUGCCGGGGGGCUUACUGGCACCGGGCACCAAUACCAUGACGACUGGGGUAGGGGUUGGGGCCACCUUGGGAGCUGGGGUGAACCAGAGGAUGGACAGUUACGCGCACAUGAACGGCUGGACCAACGGAGGCUAUGGGAUGAUGCAAGAGCAGCUCGGCUACCCGCAGCACCCGGGCUUGAACGCGCACAACGCGGCGCAGAUGCAGCCCAUGCACCGCUACGACGUGAGCGCCCUGCAGUACAACUCCAUGACCAGCUCGCAGACUUACAUGAACGGAUCGCCUACCUACAGCAUGUCCUACUCCCAGCAAGGGACCCCGGGCAUGGCCCUGGGCUCCAUGGGCUCGGUGGUCAAGACGGAAUCCAGCUCCAGUCCCCCCGUAGUCACUUCCUCGUCUCAUUCAAGGGCUCCUUGCCAAGCUGGGGACCUUCGGGACAUGAUCAGCAUGUAUCUACCAGGUGCUGAAGUACCAGAACCAGCUGCCCCAAGCAGACUUCAUAUGUCCCAACACUACCAGAGUGCACCUGUUCCUGGCACAGCCAUUAAUGGCACACUCCCUCUAUCACAUAUACUUCAUCCUGUUCAAAGAAAAGGAAAAAAAAAAAAAAAAAAAAAAAGGAAAAUUACCAACCUGAAAUUACUGUGUUUGAAAUAUUUUCUUAUGGUUUGUAAUAUUUCUGUAAAUUUAUUGUGAUGAUAUUUUAAGUUCUUUUUUUUUUUUCCUCCUCAUUUUCCGUAGUUGUAUUUUAAAGAUUCGGCUCUGUAUUAUUUGAAAUCAGUCUGCCGACAGUCCAUGUAUAUAUUUGAACUAAUACCAUCCUUAUAACAGGUACAUAUUCAAGUUAAGUUUUUACUCCAUUAUGCACAGUUUGAGAUAAAUAAAUUUUUGACAUAUGGACACUGAA